AGUGGCCCAUUUGCACUCCUGCUGGCAGCCGAGGAAGGGAUCAUGUAAGGCAUCGCAAGACAGCAACACGAACCAAAAUUAAAAAUAAAUAAAUCAAAGAAAUAAAAAAAAAAAAAAAAAAAAAAAAAGGAGAGAGCAACUUUAGAGAUGUGGAUCUAUUUGGGUGAUUGGCCGCUCCUCAUCCCACCGGCUCGCCCCGUCCUACGCUAUCGACACCGGUGCUAUUGCGUCGCCGCCGCUUUGGACUAGGAUCCCGGCCGGUGGAGGAGGAGGAGGAAGGUGUUGUGUCGAACACUUGACGCCCGUGCUGUAUGGAUGCCGCAUCCGUUCGGAUCGCCGAGAAGAGCGCCAAUGGGAAUGUCGCUCCAAGAUCUCAUGCCCUUCACUUUAAGUUGUUGGCCUCUCCUCUUCGCUCACUGCCUUCUCUCGCUGCUCUUACUCUCAUGCCAGGGAGAGCUCCAGAGGUCAUGCUCGCAGGCCGUGGUCGAGAAAGUUAGCCAACAGUGCCAGUUGGCGUGCCACUGUAGAAGAUACCCUCCCCUACCCCCACCGCCGCCUCCGCCGCCUCCCCCGCGGCUACUGGGCGCCACAGUGGCAGAACCCAUGGUGCCCUUGGUAAGACCCUGGUGGACGGACAUGGACUUUAUAGUGAUGGGAACAGUGGGUUGUGCCUCGGCGCUUUUCCUCCUCUCAGCCAUCAUCAUUUGCUACAAGGCCAUCAAGAGGAAACCGCUGCGUAAAGAAGAGAACGGGACAAGUCGCGGAGAAUACGCCAUGAGCAUCCGCACCAAGAAGGCCAUGGGUACAAACAACACUGUGGUAUAGACUUGACUCCAGCUUGGAGCAGGAAGUGACAGCAUUCAUCAUCUUUCAGCCCCCCCCCCCCCCACUCCCUCAGUGACACCUUCUCACCCGGAAUGCAACAGGGUUUUACCAGACUGGUGAACCCCUCCUCUUCUCCUCAGACCGAAGACACCGGUGAGCUGAAGAAAAGGUGGAAGUAAGGAAAUGCCAUGAAGGCAAGCGAGGAUGAAAGCCCCCUUCCCACGACCCCCCUGGUGUGUGCUGUUGAAAAGCGUUCCAGCAGGCUGAGCACUUGCUCUUAGUAAGAGCAAGUGUUGCUGACAGGCUGCUGACUGUCGACCAGUCUGCCACACAUCCAGACGUCACGCACUCUUCACACGUGCAAUAGAAGCGCAGACAAUAGAGCAGCCCCACGGCGCCAUUUUGGGCCAAAGCCCAUCACAUACAAUAAAUAACGUGCAUGCACUUUUUACAGAGAAUGCAACUUUUUUUUACAUAGUAUAUCCUCCAUUUUUGGUUCCGCAUUUAGGAGACAAGAUGCUUUUCAGGGGCGUAAGCUGAUUGUCACUCCUGGCUCUGAGGCGUGCAUUCAUAUGACUAUGCAAUUUAAAGAAAUCCAUAUUUUGAAAAAAGAAAAAAAGAGGAAACAGCAACACGUUCUCAAGACUCAUGUAAUAUGCUUCAGUCAUUCAUCGAUUUAUUUUCUCUAUUUAUUUUUCUACCAAAAAAGAUAUUGUACAGUUUUCAGCGUGAACAUUUGGACAAUGAGUUUCUUGAUUUUUUUUUUAAUGAAUUAUUUAUAUACAAAAUUUCAUUUCGCCACUGUAUGCCAUUGAUGGUGUUGUGAAGACACCGAUGCAGAAAACAGCAUCACUUGUUUGUCUCUGUGUGUUUGAUGAGAUUUUAUGUUUUUGUCAAUGUCAUGGCGUGCUUCGGUGAAUGUGAUUUCUUUCUCUGCAGCGUUACACGCUAGUCCACUUUUGGUUUAGUAAAAGUCAACUCAGUACACGUUCUCCCAUACAAAGACAGUGGAACCUCUAAGGUCCAACACAAUCCAUUCGGGGGCAUUGGUAGACCUCUAACCCAUUCGUAAUGCAUUUCCCACAAAAUAGAAAUAAUAUGUUCCAGAGUUAUACUGUUACCAUGAUAAAACCUGCACAGGCAAUGUCUUCAGUAAUGUUUUAAUAUUCUUAACUGUUAUACAACUGUAAAAACAACCCAGUUGCUAUUCAUAGUAAAACUUUAAAACAUAAAACGGUGUACUGACGAGGCCCUGAUCUAGUCUGCCCAGUUUGGGGGAGCGGGUCAGUGAGAAAUAUUUGGUGCCAUCUAAAGAUGGGCAUUUGACUAAAUUCCGGUGAUCCAUUACGGGUAAAAAUUUGCAAACAAUAACCAUUUUUUAGUGAGAUGGCAGAGUCUCUCUGAAUUUUCAGAGAGACUCUGUGUUUUGAUGCGAAUAAUAGCGUGUGGCUGCCCACGGGAGUUGUGCAAUGGUGGAGGGCUGUGUGGAUGCAGGCCUUAAAUUUCCCCUCUGGGGCUCAAUAAAGUAUGACAUCAUCUUAUGAUGAUCUUCUUUAGACAGCAAACUAGUUCAGAGUAAAUCAACAGGGCCUCUAUUGCUACACCCAUGUAGUGCACUUCGUUUUUGCUUGAUUUUCUUCAAGAAAUGAACAAUCAACAGCAGUCACUUCGGCACAGUCUACAGAAUCCUUGAUAAUGAAUGAAUCAAUUACGAUACCCAUCCCUCGUGGUAGUGUAUAGUGGAUAUAAUAAGUCGACAAAUUUCCCCUCACAUCUUUGGUAGGUUGUGUUAUGGUGUGAUGAAAUCAAUCAUUUUCCCCUUAAUUCCAAAAGAUAUGUUUGGAGAAAGGCAGCACAGUGAACGACUGGUUAGCACAUAUGCCUCACAGUUCCGAGGUUCAAAUCCGGCCUCGCCUGUGUGGAGUUUGCAUGUUCUCCCCAUGCCUGCGUGGGUUUUCUCAGGGUACUCCGGUUUCCUCCCACAUCCCAAAAGCAUGCAUGGUAGGAUAACUGAAGACUGUCAAUUGCCCAUAGGUGUGAAUGUGAGUGCGAAUGGUUGUUUGUUUAUACAGUAUGUGUCCUGCGAUUGGCUGGCGACCAGUUCAGGGUGUACCCCGCCUCUCGCCCACAGAUAGCUGGGGUAGGCUCCAGCACGCCGUGACCCUAGUGAGGAUAAGCGGUACGGAAAAUGGAUGGAUGGAUGUUUGGUGCAAACACAACACUGCUCGUCACCAAAAGAACAGCAUACCUACAGUCAAGCAACGGUGGGGGCAGCAUCAUGCUUCGGGGCUACUUUUCUUCAGCUGGAACUGGGCCCUUGGACAAAGGAGGAGGGAAUUAUGAACAGUUCCAAGUGGCAGUCAGUGUUGUUGCUAGGAAGCAAAAAAUAAAUAAAUCAAAAACAAAUAAAUAAAUAAAUCUCCAAAAUACAGCACAAGCGGCCAUAAAACACAUUUUUUAUUAGCACCCUAAAUCACAGGUCUCAAACUCAAGGCCCAGGGGCCAGAGCCGGCCCAUCAUAUCAUAUCAUUUCACAUGGCCUGCUUAAGAAAAUCCUGUGCGGUGAUGUCAUGUUUUUCUGGACCAAAAUGUUUAAUUUCUUCACUUUUAACAAUACUGAGAAAUGGCAAACAUUUUAAGAUAAGAACGUUAAGAGUGACACGGGCAGGCGGAUACAUUAGUCGACCAUUUUCAACUGUUCUAAAACCAUGGGGAUGGAUGAAAACUGGGACAAAAUUUCAUCCCCCAAAAAAAUAUGUUGAAAAAGCGAAAUCAUAUAAAACUAGAGCAUAAGAAUACCGAGGUUCCACUAUAUAUGUAAUGAUAUGAUGAGGCGAUUAUACAUUUAUAUGGUUCCACAAUCAUAGUGGCCCUCUGAGGGAAACCAUAACUACAAUGUGGCCUGUGACAAAAAUGAGUUUGACACCCCAAAACCACCUAGGGCCUAGAUGGUUACGGUGUAAUUGAUGCGCCCCUUAGCCUAUAAAUAGGUUAGUGUGUACUGUUAUUGUUAUAUAUUACCACCCUUGUCCACAUCCUGCAAUAAGUUCCAUUUUACUAUGGUUGUCAUCACGUUUGUCUUAAUCAUGCAAAAAGAAGCUCUUGAAGAGUUACUUCACAAAUACUCACUGAACUGAAGUCUUUCAAAUUUUUACGAGGUCGAGCAUCGCAUCUCGCAUGGUGAGGGUUCAAACUCCAAUUCUGAAUUAUCAGAGUUCAGGGACAUUUGACUUUAGAGGUUCCACUGUAGCAAAAGUGUUGUGUGUGGAUUCGACAAUCUUCACGUUUCUAAGUGUGUCACCAAGGACUCGUCACCCAUCACCAUAGAAACCAGGGGGCUGCCCUUGUGACUGGUGAGAGAGAGGAUAGUCGGCCAAUAGUCAGAGAUCAGGUUGCACCCGCGUGAGCGUGAGCGUGUGCGUGCGUGUGCUAAGUGCUAUCAAGGCUGUCAUUUGAGUCUAGUUAUUGGCUAAUUUGUGAAAAACAAGAAGUUUGCAUUUCGAUAUGCACAGAUAGGAGCCAACAAGCACCCAUCUAACAUGUACCUAACUGUAUGUGAGAGACGUGACGGAUGCAUGAAUGUAAAUAUUGCUAUUUAAAUAUCUGCCUUCUGGACUGUUAAUUCAUACACAGGAACAUGUGUUUAUACAUACAACAAAGGAAAACAACAUGCUACCAUUUAGAGUUAAUGUUGUCAAAUUGAUGGAACAAGCCAUUAAUGUACAUAGGGCAAUCGAUACUUCAAACACACACACACACACGCACACAAACACACACACACACACACACACUUUAUGCAUUACAACAAGCAGAAAGAACAAUGUGCGUACGUUGAUAACCUUGCUGAGAUAUGUAAAUAAAAGUGUACAUACUGUAACAACAGAGUUACUUUGAUUGUGCUUAAAGGACAUCAAUGCUGUUGCACAGUUGUCUCUGGGGUGGUGUA